GAUGUUAGUAUCAUCAAAAUAUACAAAUCAAGUGGUAAACUUGUAAUUUUUGACUAAACUAAAGAAAAAAGUUUAUCUUAAUGGCUAAACUUCCACCAAAGCAGAAGAAAACAAAAAGCGUAUCCCGUGAAGAGCUUCUUAAUUUAGAUAAAAAUGACCUAGUUGAUAAAAUAAUGCAACUAGAGGCACAUAAUUUACAGUUAAAAAAUAUUAUAAGCAAGAAAAACAACGAUGCUGAACAGAUUUCUAGUGCAGGAGUAAACAAAAAGCAAUUUGAUUUUAAGAAAUGUCACUUACGAAGAGUCCUUUUAAGAAUAGUAUAUUUUGGUUGGAACUACCAAGGGCUGGCAGUGCAGGAGGAUACAACUCAAACUAUUGAACAUCAUUUAUUUCAUGCUCUGACCAAGUCAUGUCUGAUAGAAAGUCGGGAAACAUCUCAGUAUCAUAGGUGUGGUAGAACGGACAAAGGUGUUAGUGCUUUUGGACAGGUCAUCUCAAUUUCUCUAAGAAGCAAGCAUUCCACAGACCAACAGAAUAUUCCGGAAUCCAUAAGUUCAGAGUUGCCGUACUGCAAGACCUUGAACCGUCUCCUACCAAAAGACAUUCGUGUGGUAGCAUGGAUGCCAAUACCUGAUGAUAGACCUGACUAUAGUGCUAGGUUUGAUUGUAAGAAGCGACAGUACAAAUAUUAUUUUCCGCGAUCAAAUCUCGACUUAGCUAAGAUGAAAGAAGCCUGCAGUUAUAUUAUUGGUUCAAAAGAUUUUCGUAAUCUGUGCAAAAUGGAUGUAGGAAAUGGUGUUACAGAAUUUUAUCGAGAAAUAUUUAAUGCAAAUAUUAUUCCAAUAGACAAUAAUGACAAAGAUCAACCGACAUCUAUGUAUUGUUUACAAAUAGAAGGAAAUGCUUUUCUUUGGCAUCAAAUUAGAUGCAUUAUGGGAUUAUUAUUGCUCAUUGGAGAAGGGAAUGAAGAACCGGAUGUUAUCAACAAAUUGCUAGAUAUUGAAAACAAUCCGAGAAAACCGCAGUACAAUAUGGCGUUGGAUAUUCCAUUAAAUCUAUUUCACUGUUCUUAUGAAUUGGAAAACUCCAGUCAAUGGAUAUACGAUGUAAAUGAACUCAAGUCUGUUAUAACAAUAUUGCAAGCAGAUUGGACAAUACAUAGUAUAAAAUCAACUAUGAUUCGUGACACUCUCAACCAAUUGGAGUUUGAAUAUAAUAGACUUGGAAAUAAGGAAGAAAAUAAUAUUUAUCAGAAAGAUAAAGUUUUGUCUUACACUGACUGUUUGCUGCAAGGCGUUAAACCCAAGGUUUACGUACCUUUAUUGAAGAGAGAAACAUGUACAAGCUUAGAAGAAAAAAUAGACUACUACACAAAAAAAAGAAAACUCAACUCGGCGUAAUAUCGAAAUAUUUAAUCUAAAUCUAA